AUGUCGCGCUACGUGAAGGUCUUUAGGAAGGUGAUGAACCUUCAGCGGCGCAAGACGCCGCUGCCCUGGACGCCCACCUUUCUCGAGUUCACUAAGGAAACGUCCGUUCCUUUUCCCGUUCGCGAAAAACUUCAACCGGCUCCAAUCGACUUGUCGUACUACUUGAACAUGGAAGUCGGCGACCUCGUCGAGGUGCUACACGGCCCUGACUGUGGUCGCCAGGGCGUCGUCCUUUCCAUCAAUAAAAAGAAAAACACUGUCAUCGUGGACGGAUGCAAUAUGAAAAAAACUUUUUGGAACCCUCGUUUUGGGUCCUCUCUCGUCACGCAAGAAAUGCCCAUUCACAUCACCAACGUCGCCCUCCUCGACCCCGUUGUCAAACGGCCGACGCGCGUCAAGCGGCGCUUCAUGAUGAACGGCGAGUGCGUUCGCAUCUCGAAGCUGUCAGGAAGCGCGAUGCCGGAGCCCGUACCUGCGGCCGCACUGCGGCAGCCGAAUCUCUAUCAAGAGUAUCUGCGGCAGAAAGCAUUGGGGCCACCCAUCAAAGCGGCGUAUGCGAAGCCGGAUCCUCUCAACUUGAGGAUUCUUCAGCGCCUCGCGCAGCACAUCCGGUGGGCGCAGGGCGCGCCCCUUCCGACCGCCGAGAAGCCUCAAGUGCGGCAGCCGGAGCCCAUGGCUCUACAGCGGUGA